AAAACCGCUAAGAAUAUUAUUCGUGUGAUCAUCUCAAAUAUCUCAUUAAAUCCGUAUAGUUUAUAUUUUCGUAAUAGAUUUGAUCAUAUUUUAAUGUUCUCCUGAAUCAAUCGUUUUACCUUCAAUUUAGAGACGUGGCGUGAUAAUUGGAAGAGGUGCAGGUGCAGACACGUUCGAAGUAUCCCACACAUCCGACUUGUAUCCGACAAGAUGAAAGAGAGAGUGGACGAAUUGUUAUAGGGAUGAAAUGUCAGAGAAAAUCGAGAAAAUCUUGAGUGUCAAGUGUUUUGUUUAUAUUUUGCACAGCUCGCAAAAAUGGACAUAGAAAAUGAUUUGGAGGAGCAGUUGACCAGUUAUCACAUUUGCAAAUUGCCUACAAGUGCGUCCAGUUCAGAGACGCCCACCAGUACAGAAUCUGACUCAGUGCCGGCGCGAAAGAAGGCGAAGAUAGCAGAUACCACAAAUAGAGUUCCAAUUGGAGGCAUCGGGCUGCCCGGAAAAGCGUCCAAUGGGUCCGACUAUCGAUUGGAGGUUUUCACUGUGGAGAGUGCCCAGCAAUCUCCACCGCUGACCCUCCAGGACUCGCCCGAGAGAACGAGAGGACACGUAGUUAACACAGGGUCAGAGAUAACUGUGCUUGCUGGCGAGAGCCCAAAAGUCUGGUAUCAACUCCCGGCGUUGGCGCCGUUGACACAACAGAUAGAAACACCUGCUUUACCACCCACGCGCGUUUCUGCGCGAGUAACGAAGGGUCAAACCCCACUCAGGCUACUUGACUUGCCGGACAAAGCCCCGGUUCCUGUAAUUCAGCAUCCGCCUGGGCCACAAGUGCAAACUUCUACGGGAAAAUCUCAGAUAAUAAGACAAAGUGCCGCUUUGGCUUCUCCAGUGGUGUCGAACCCUGUAGUUAUAAAGAUCGAGGAUGACGAUGAACAACCUGCCGCACCAGCAAACGCCACUGUGCAGCCGGUCGUCGAAGCUCCUCGGCAUGUAAUUAAACUUUUAACGAGUGUGCCUGUGUCUAAGUACCCUUGUGAGUUCUGCGGAACCACUUUCACGUUAUGGAAUCAGCGAGAAAACCACAUGAACAGCCAGCACAGAAUUAACGGGCUAUUCACCUGUUUCGUAUGCCAACAAGCCGCCCGAGAGUACUACAUUACCAAUGCAGCCAUCUUCAGCACUCCGCACUACCACUUUCUUCAGGCCCACUUGGCGGACUCACAUAAGAUCACGGGACAACCGAGAGGGUUCCAGUGCCCCUAUUGCUCACUACAUCCGGCAAACUACGAGGCUCUCGUGAAGCAUCUCACAUCGGUUCACGAUACAAGUGCUCUAGGGAGCUCUCUGUUGCUGGUCAAUGUUCUCGAAGAUCGCAUUGAUGAAUGAAGUAAGAAAUGGGGAU